CUAUAAAUCAAAUCUUCCUCCUUAUCUCAACUCUCCAGCAAGCAGAAGAAGCAGAAGAAAGCCAUGGGAAAGCUAAAGUCUUCCAUAAAGUCCAUCCAAGAAUCCAUUACCAGCUUCAAGCCUAAAGCUCCCAGCUGCAUCCAUGAAGCCAAAACUCACUCCUUUAGAGCAUGUACCUCUUCCCUAAGCCUCCACAAUCCAGACCACAUCACCCAACUUCAAAAAACUCACAUGGAAGACUCUCCUUCCUGUUCCUCCUCUUCUCCGUUCCCAAAACAGCAGGAACAGGGCUGCUUGCCUCCCAAUGGCCGCAUAAACCCAAAAAGAUUCUUUUUUUCUCCACGCAGCACCAAGUCCAUCAUGGAAGAGGUGAAGAACUGUGCUCCCAAGGCUAAAACUGUGCCUGGCAACAGUUUCUGCGAGGAGAGUGAGGCCAUUGUUAUGGUGUCUGAUGAACCUUACAGAGAUUUCAGGAGCUCAAUGAUGGAAAUGGUGAAGGUUCAUGAACUCAGAGAUUGGCCAAGGCUGCAGCAGCUAUUGCAUUGCUACCUUCGGCUUAAUGACAGGAAGACUCAUAAGAUUAUAGUGCUUGCUUUUGUUGAUUUGAUCAUGCAUCUGAUGGCUCAUGAGGAGUUGUUUUCGUUGAGCUCUGCACCUCUCUGUUUUUCUCUUCGAGAUUUAGAGAAAUGAUUUGUGAA